AGCAACCAUGUUUCGACAGCUAUCCCAUGGCUGUGUCACCGGAACAGACUGGCACAAAGCAUGGAUAGGUAGAAUUAUUUUACACAUCACAGGUAAUCUUUAGUCGUCAUAAAAAUGAUGCCAGAAUCUGGUUAUGAGAAGAUUCGAGAGAAAACUUGGUUUCAAAUAAUGGUGAGGUAUAAGCCUCCUUUCAGCUUCACAAUGGACUCCCUUGUGACAGCCAAUACCAAGUUUUGCUUGGACUUUUUCCAAAAGCUAAGUAAAGGCGAUGAACCUGCAAACAUCUUUAUCUGUCCUCUGAGCAUUUCAGCUGCCUUCGGCAUGAUUAGCCUUGGGGCUAAACGCUCUACUGCAGACCAGAUCAAUGAAGUGCUACACUUUAAUGAAGUUUCACAAAGUAAAGGCACAGAACCUGAAAUUUCUUCAAAAGGAGCAAGUCAAGGAGACCAAGGGGAGCAGCAUGAGACGUCAGAAUCUCCAAAUUCACAGAAUACAAAGUCUGUGAGUGAUGGGUAUAGAGAUUCUGACUCCUACUUUGGGAAGCUGCUCAAGAAGUUGGACACGAUAAAAUCCGAUUAUACCCUGAGUAUGGCCAACAGGCUGUAUGGAGAGCAGGAAUUUCCAAUCUGUGCUGCAUAUUCAGAUAAUGUGAUGGAAUUUUACCAUACAAGCAUUGAAAGUGUGGAUUUCCGAAAAGACACAGAAAAAUCCAGACAACAGAUUAAUUUCUGGGUUGAAUGUCAAACUCAAGGUAAAAUCAAGGACCUCUUUGACAAAGACAACAUUACUGAUUCUACAGUGCUGGUGCUGGUAAAUGCUGUCUACUUCAAGGCCAAAUGGGAAAAAAGUUUUGACUAUGAAAAAACAGAAGACUUACCUUUCUGGCUUAACAAGAAUGAGCAGAAAAAUGUGAAAAUGAUGAGACAACAGAAUACAUUUAGAACUGGUUACAUUGAGGAAUUAAAGACACAGAUUCUUGAGAUGAAUUAUAUCAAGGGAAAUCUCAGCAUGUUUGUGCUGCUGCCCUCUUUCCCUGCCGAGGACUCCACUGGACUGGAAGAGCUUGAAAAGCAGAUGACUCAUGAGAAAAUAAAAGAAUGGACCAGUCCCACUAUUAUGUGUGAGGAAAAGGUAGAUGUUUCCUUUCCCCAAUUCACCAUGGAAAGCAACUUGGAUCUCAACUUUAUUCUCCAAAAAAUGGGGAUCACAGAUAUCUUUGAUGAAGCCAAGUCUGAUCUUAGUGGAAUGUCUUCAAGCCCCAACCUGUAUUUGUCAAAAGCUCUCCACAAGACAUUUGUGGAGGUUAAUGAGGAUGGUACCCAGGCAGCAGCUGCCACUGGAGCUGUGAUUACUACAAAGUCUGCGUCACCUCAUGUGACAUUUAAUGCCAAUCACCCAUUUUUAUUUUUCAUCAAACACAACAAAACAGACACCAUCCUUUUCUAUGGCAAAGUCUGCUCACCUUGAGAAUGGGUCUAUUUCCCUCUACUUUAUGGGACAGCAAGAAAAUGGUAGCAUAACCUCCCUUUGCUAUAACAUGGGUAUUAGGGACCUGAAUUAGAGCUUUCAGUCACUUGCCCAAUCCCACUAGUCCCAACCCCCAGCCAUCUGCCAGUGUCACUUCCUGUUCCUCUCCUGGAAGCUUACUCAACACAAUAGUUAGCCAACUAUUUCUCUCUUUGCUGACAGUUCCCCUGCCAGCUCCCAGGUCCACUUAUCUUCAUUGCCCCCGGAUUUCCACAUCAAGAAAGUUCAGAAAAAAGUUUAUUAUCUUUCUUAUUUUGUUUUCCUGUGUUACUAAUGAACCAAGCGAAUCAGACCUAGACUACUCAGAAAGGAACUGGUUCUAUUAGAGAACCUAGGAAAAACAGAAGCCUGAGAUUACUGUUGAGUAGGAAAUGUUUUCCAUAAAUCACACCUGCCUCUGCAGUGGAGAUAAUAGUCCUGGGAUGUGGGGGGGGGAACACAGAAAUAAGGGUAUAUCAACAGGGAAAAUAUGCUGUCUUUCUUUCUUACAACCUCUUCAGCUGCAGGGAAAAUCACUCUCUACUAUCAAUCAAUCUAUUAAUCCAUAAGCAUUUAUUAUGUGUCAGACACUGUGCUAAUUCAUUUAAUAAACACUUAUGUCCCUACUAUAGAAACUUAAACAGUGCUCCAGUCCACACAAAUACCUAGGUUAACACGAAAGGUUGAAAAUCAGAUUUAUUCUCUCCUUUGUAAACAGGAGUGUAUUAAGUAUGCAUCUUCUUUGACGAGAACGGAGAUGAGAUUUCUCAGGAUUUGAAUCAUAGAAAAAUCAUGUUUUGUGCACUAUAAAAAAAAAUCCUCACAUCUGUAGACUGAGGAAUUUGGGGGAGGGGGAAUAGUUAAGCUUUCUUAUUUGUCUUCCUUGCUAACAUAUCAUUUAUAUGGAUUUAAAAUGUUCUUUUUAAGUAAACAAAGAUACUUUGCUAACUAAAAUGUCCAAAUCGUGUUGCCAAGUAAUGAAAAAAAAAUUUGUUUUUUAUGAACAAAACAAUAAAAAUG